GCCGCCCGUCCGGCGACAGCCGCGCCGGCCAUGGAGCCGCCCGCGCCGCCCCAGGAGCCGCCGCCGCGCCCGCGCUCGCACACCGUCACCACCACCUGCAGCUCCUUCACCGCCGACCUGUCGGCCAGCUCCAGCACCCUCGCCUACGACAAGGAGUUCCUGCGCACCGUGCCCGGGCUCCUCAUGGUGACCGAGAUUGUAUUGGGGCUGCUGGUGUGGACCCUGGUUGCUGGAACAGAAUACUUUCUCUAUCCAGCCUUUGGCUGGGUAAUGUUUGUAGCUGUGUUCUACUGGGUUCUUACCGUCUUCUUUCUGAUCAUCUACAUGACAAUGACCUACACUAGGAUCCCACAGGUGCCAUGGACCAUGGUGGGCCUGUGUUUUAAUGGAAGUGCCUUUGUUUUAUAUCUCAUUGCUGCCAUUGUAGAUGCAUCUUCAGUUACCAAAGAUCUGGACAAUCACAAUUACAACAGCUGGGCAGCUUCUUCAUUCUUUGCCUUCGUGGUUACCUCCUGCUAUGCUGGAAAUACAUAUUUUAGCUUUAUAUCCUGGCGAUCACGAACUUUGCAGUAAAUACUUUGUUAAAGUGAAUUCUGUAGUGUAAAGUACCUUGAGGAUUAUUCACUUUUUAUAAAAGCUUGGAAGAGGGGUGAGGUAUUUUUGAACAUUCCUCCUAGAAUUGACACAAUAUAAACUGAAAUAAAUUGAUUAUUUAUAAUAAUGCCAUCUUUAGAGACAUUUUUAACCUGACUUUGUACUAUAUAAUAAAAUUUCAUACUGCUUCUUUUAAAAUUAACAUAGUAUUUUUCUAGACAUUGUAUAGUUGUUACUACUAGACCUUAAAAAAAAAUCUUACACAAUGUGCCACCAAUGGAAAUGUAACUUUUUAAAUGUUACAGUUUUACUUUUGUUACUGAAGGCUAUCAAAACUAAGAUUUAUAUUGUAUCAUUAUUAUGCAUGAAAAAGUGACAUUGUGCAGAAAAAAAAACCCACCUGAAAGUUAAAUAAAUAAAUAAAUAAAUGAUCCAACUGUUUUGUAAACUGAGAGUA